GUUGUUGGCAGUGGAACCAAAGGGUUAAACCCCUGAGAACCGCUUUGAGCUACUGGAUGGAGAGAGGGAGAGAGAGAGAGAGAGAGAGUGGGAGGAGUGUAAACUGGGAGUAGUGAAAACUGGGAGAAGAGAGCAGUUUCCCAGACACUGGAAGUGUGUGUGCGACUGACUCAGGAACAGUUUCAGGCUCGAACUUUCCUGCAGUGAACCCGCAGGUUGGAGCCUCGAAAUCCCAUCUCCAUCUCGGCGGUGGAGGGCGAGUGCUGGGUGCAGACCCUGAGAGAGUUUGGAGCAUGUUUCCCUGCUGCUCGUAGUGCUCCUGCUCCUGAUCCCCAUACAACACACGCAGCCUGGAGGCAGCGGUUUAAUGAAGCAUUUCAUUCAGGAAUGAGCUGGAAUUGAAGUUUUAGCAGAUUGGACAUCCUGUUUGGAAGCAGAGGGAAUAUUAAGGAAAAUUUUAAUGCAGUGAAAAUAUCUCUGAGAAUUAAUAUGUGGUGCCUGUUAUUACGAUUACUCAUUCUGUUGCUGUUGACUGACACAAUUCUUGCUGGUGGAAAGUCAUACUUAGGACCCUGCAACGGGAGAGACUGCAGCGCAGGAUGUCAGUGUUUCCCGGAAAAAGGAGCCAGAGGCCGGCCGGGUGCGCCAGGAUCUCAGGGACCACAAGGUCCCCCUGGGCCUCCGGGACGACAGGGAGUUGCUGGACAUAAAGGAGCGAAAGGUGACCGAGGCAAACCUGGAGUGACCGGACAAACUGGAGACAAGGGACCAAUGGGAGUGCCCGGGUUUGCAGGCAAUGAUGGCAUACCAGGUCACCCAGGACAGCCAGGCCCCCGGGGACCUCCUGGACACGAUGGUUGCAAUGGGACAAGAGGCGAUCCCGGAGCCACGGGUCAACCUGGAUUUCCUGGUUUGUUGGGCAUUUCUGGAGUACCUGGAAGGAAAGGACAAAAGGGAGAACCAUUCCUCGUUACAGUCGAGUGGAGGAGAUUUAGGGGGGACGCUGGCCUCCCUGGUCUCCCAGGAUACCCGGGCUUACCUGGCAACCCUGGAGAGAUGGGUCUCAACGGUCCCCCAGGAGCGAUGGGCCCAGUGGGUCGUCCAGGACCUCCAGGACCUCCAGGACCCAAGGGCAAUGAUGGAAUCGGUUUCCAGGGGCGAACUGGUGAAAAGGGUGAGCCCGGUCCGCCUGGUCUACCUGGGAGCAGGAUCGAGGACACCAGCCAAGUUUCUGCACUGGGGAAUAAAACGGGAGAAAAGGGUGACAGAGGAGAACCAGGAAAUGAAGGCGAAUUCGGUGACCCUGGGGAACCAGGAACUCCUGGCCCAAAAGGUGAGAAAGGAGAAGAGGGAAUCAUGGGCCUUCCAGGAUUAAGGGGUGAGAGUGGCUUCAAUGGACCCCCAGGUUCUGAAGGACGCAAAGGUCUCCCAGGUAUCCCAGGUCUUCCCGGGUUUAAUGGUCAACCAGGAUUGAAGGGUGACCGAGGUGACCCAGGCCAACCUGGCCAGUCCAUCACAUUUACUGGAUUAAUUCCCAAAGGUCCAAAAGGUUGGCCAGGACUAGAAGGAGAGCGUGGCCCCAAAGGGGAGGAAGGCUUCUACGGCCAUGAGGGCUCCUCUGGUCUCCCUGGUGAAACAGCGCCAUUCCCAGGUAACCCAGGACCACCAGGUUUACCAGGUUUCUCAGGAGCCAAAGGGGAGAAAGGUGAUCAGGGCUUGCCAGCUCUCCAGCCUGGAUUCCCAGGAUUUCCAGGGAAAUCAGGCCCACCUGGCCCACCUGGACCUCCUGGACCGAUAGGUUCCACAGAGUUCAUUGGAGAUCCAGGAGAGGAAGGUCAGAGAGGGUACCCUGGUCCAAGAGGAAGACCAGGAGACAAAGGUGACCGAGGACAUUGUGCCUGUGAUGUGGAUGGAGCUUCUCCUGUUGGUCCCCGGGGUCCUGCUGGAGCCCCGGGCUAUCCAGGCAUACCCGGGGUGGAUGGGCAGCCGGGAGAUGAAGGAUCACCAGGUCCUUUUGGAGCACCAGGGAUUCAAGGAGUGACUGGUGAGGCUGGAGCUCAUGGCCCUAAAGGACAGAAAGGAGAUUCCGUUUUCAUCUCCACCAUAACCACGAAAGGUUCCAAAGGAGAGCAAGGACAUCCAGGAUUAACAGGACGACCCGGAGAGCCUGGUAUUCCAGGAAAUGAUGGGAAACCAGGCAGACAAGGAUAUCCAGGAAUCCCAGGCGAUGCUUUGGAAGGUUACCCUGGUGAUGUAGGUAGCCCAGGUGUCCUGGGCAGAAAAGGAAUCCCAGGGAGACCUGGCCUGCCAGGAGUUGGCAUUCAGGGACCUCGGGGAAGACCAGGGCCUCCUGGUGACUUUGGACCUGCUGGUACACCAGGGAUUCCAGGACUCCCAGGCAUCCCUGGAACUCCAGGUGACUGCAUUGACAGACAGGAAAUCCUGCCGGUGGGCAGUGGUAUCCCAGGAUUCCAACCAGCGAUUCCCUGUGGAACUCCAGGACCUCCAGGACUAAGGGGCCCACCAGGUUUGCCCGGAGAUAAAGGUGAGACUGGUCCACAGGGAUUCCCAGGAUUAUCCCGACCAGGAUACCCAGGAAGGAAAGGUUAUGUUGGUGCUCCAGGGCCAGGAAUUCCAGGGCCACCAGGUUUUGUUGGGCCCCGUGGAGAUCCCGGUUCACCAGGCCCACCUGGGUCAACUGGGAAUACUGGGCUUCCGGGACUACCGGGAAGGCCAGGAGCAACUGGUGAAAAAGGCUUGCCCGGAGAUGCAAUUGGGGCAGUGCCGGGAUACCCCGGGGAACCAGGCCAACCAGGUCAUCCAGGAUCCAAAGGAGAAAAAGGAGAUGCCGGAGGAAUUGGAUGGAAAGGUGCGGAUGGAGUAUCGGGAGUUAAAGGGCUCAUUGGUGAAGAAGGCAAACCAGGCCUACCUGGCCCUACAGGAGUUCCAGGAGUGAGGGGACCACCUGGGGCCAAGGGGCAGGAUGGGUCACCAGGGUUACAAGGGAUACCUGGUUUUCCAGGCCCUCAAGGUUCUUUUGGUUUCAAAGGGGAUCGUGGUGACAGAGGGUCCCCCGGCCCAGCUGGAAUGAAAGGUUUGCCUGGAAUUCCUGGUAUCCAGGGACCCCAUGGGGAUGCAGGAUUCCCCGGAUCCCCUGGUCGCUUCGGAGUGGAUGGUCUGCCAGGUCUUGAUGGCCUGAAAGGUCUGAAAGGUUCUCCAGGAAUGGCGGGAUUCCCCGGCGUGAAGGGGUUUCAGGGUCGACCUGGCCUGUCCGGCUUGAAGGGAGAAGCGGGAUCCCCUGGAAUUAUAGGGAACUGGGGUCCAACUGGAGUGAAGGGUAUUAAAGGUGACCGUGGACAAACGGGACCUCCAGGACCACCCCCACCUAUCGAACCUGCCAUGAUGGUGAGAGUGAAGGGGGAGAAAGGAGACGACGGUUUACCUGGGGAACCCGGAUUUGUUGGUCCCAGAGGGUCGAAGGGGAUGCCGGGAUAUCCAGGACAGCAAGGACAUCCUGGUCUCCCGGGAACUCCAGGGCAACAGAAAGGAAUUCCAGGGUUUCCGGGAGUACCAGGAGAACCUGGAAGCAAAGGGAUGCCGGGAGCCCCUGGACCACCAGGCAUCAGAGGCUUUCCUGGGAUGUUUGGUGAGAAGGGCGUCUCAGGAAACCCCGGCCUCCCUGGGCGCCUCGGUACCCCAGGCUCACCCGGAUUGAAAGGUGACCUAGGGGAUACGAUUAACAUUCCAGGGAGUCCUGGUUACAAGGGCAAAAUUGGCGAUCUAGGAUUGAAAGGAGCAUCGGGUCCCCCUGGGCUACCAGGCAAACGUGGAUCUCCAGGAGAACCAGGCAUUGAGGGCCUGAAAGGAUCUCUAGGUGAUCAGGGAUUCACAGGUAAACAGGGUUCUCCUGGUUAUCCCGGGUUAGUGGGAGACAGAGGAUCGCGAGGUCCUGGUGGCUCAACUGGUCCAAAGGGAUUCAUGGGAUUUCCAGGAUAUCGAGGAGCUAAAGGUUCACUGGGUCCUGAUGGUCUGCCUGGUUUAGAUGGGUUAAAAGGAAACAAAGGCUUCCCAGGAUCCCCAGGUCUAAAUGCGAGAGGAACUCCAGGUCAAACUGGUCACCAGGGUGAGAAAGGGGAGAGAGGGAUACCCAAUACCCGACCAGGGGAACCAGGGCUACCAGGGGGAGUUGGUCCCAUAGGUGAUGUCGGUGAACCAGGUCUUGUUGGCUCAAUGGGACCUCCAGGUGAUCCAGGGCCUGUGAUCCCUUCGAACAAACCAGGAAAAGCAGGUGAUCCAGGGCCAAAAGGAUAUGACGGUCCACAAGGCUACCCUGGUCAACCGGGUCCCUUUGGCAGGUUGGGACAACCUGGAAACAAGGGUGAGAUAGGGAAUCCAGGUGCAUCUGGCUUCAUAGGAUCACUAGGGAUCCACGGUGAGAAGGGAACUUCUGGUCUUCCAGGUAUCAAUGGCAUUCCUGGAAUUAAAGGUCAAAGAGGUGACCAGGGUAUAAUGGGUUACCCUGGGAAAGCUGGACCACAAGGAGACCCUGGAGUUCCUGGACAGAAAGGUUCAGUGGGUCUCGCUGGUUUAUUGGGAUUGCCUGGCCCACAGGGACCAGCUCCUUCUCCCCAACCAUUCACUGCACCGCGGGGAGCUGAUGGCGCCCCAGGAAAUCCUGGGCAGCGUGGAUUUCGAGGGGACCCAGGUCCAAAGGGGGUUCCUGGGGAUGAAGGUGUGAAGGGCCCUCCGGGUAAACCAGGAAUCCCUGGGCUCACUGGCUCCCCAGGAAGAAUAGGCCCCAGAGGUGAAGCAGGUCCAGUCGGACAACAAGGAUCUUUGGGAUUUAAAGGUGUCCCUGGCACCCAAGGGGUACGCGGGAUGGAAGGUAUGCCAGGCCGAAGUGUCAGUGUUGGAUACCUCUUGGUUAAACACAGUCAGUCGCAGGAAAUCCCACCGUGUCCGCUUGGAAUGAACAAACUCUGGGAUGGAUACAGUCUGUUAUUUGUGGAAGGACAGGAAAAAGCUCACAAUCAGGAUCUGGGGCUGGCUGGAUCGUGUAUGCCAAGGUUCAGUACAAUACCCUUUGUGUACUGUAACAUCAAUAAUGUUUGCUACUUUGCAAGCCGAAAUGACAAGUCUUAUUGGUUGUCUACCAAUGCUCCGAUUCCAAUGAUGCCUGUGGCUGAUGCCGAAAUCAAACAGUACAUCAGCCGGUGCUCAGUGUGUGAGGCUCCGUCUCUGGCAGUCGCUGUUCACAGCCAGGACAUCACAAUUCCAAUGUGCCCCACUGGGUGGCGCAGUCUGUGGAUUGGUUACUCUUUUCUAAUGCACACAGCUGCAGGCAGUGAAGGUGGUGGUCAGUCCUUGGUGUCACCAGGCAGCUGCCUGGAGGAUUUCCGAACCACUCCUUUUGUGGAAUGCAAUGGUGCUCGCGGCACGUGCCAUUACUUCGCCAACAAGCACAGUUUCUGGCUAUCGACUGUUGACCCCAGCCAGCAGUUUAAGGAGCAGCCCGUCCCUGACACUCUGAAGGCAGGACAGCUUCUAACCCGAGUCGGGCGGUGCCAAGUCUGCAUGAAGAAUUUAUAACAAACACCACCCCCUGCAAUAAAUAAUCAAUCACUCGCACCCUCAGGAAUCCAAAGGGUAAAGGCAACAAUGUUAUGGACAGGAAAAAACUGGCAAUCCAAGUUAAAUUGAACUAGGAACCUCAAACACAGAUAAUAUCUGACAAGCCCGUUACAUAAAUUGCCCAUUGGAGAGACCCUGGCAAGCACAUUUAAAUUCAUUAAUGCACUAAAUCCAGCUUAUUCUCUUUCAGGCUUAGCACUAAAACAAAAACUAAUAUAAUGCAAUUUGAGGUUCACCAGCCAAGCCCUGGUCACAGAAGUGCAGGGAUGAGAAAUUUCUGCCCUUUGGCAGAAUUCCACCUUCUUCAUGCAGGUCUGCCCCUGAAGAAUUUUUCCCAUUCUGGCCCAGGGAAAAAAAAAAUGUCACUCAGCUCCUACCUCUUUAUUCUGCAACUAAUCUGACUCAUUUGCUGGGACUGGGGAAGGUAGAGGCUACACUUAUGCAGCUGCCACUCCUGUGGCCUUCCGACACUGGGGUAUCUGCCUGGUACUGCCUGCACCGCAGGAGACUAUCACCAAGGCCGAAGGGCUGGGAUUCAGGUGUAGAGUGGAAAGUACAGACUACACGUUAGGAUCGAGGCUGUGGCUGGGUGGAGGAGUGGGACAAGAAUGUAAAGAGCUUGCAGAACAACAGUUGAACUUGUGCUGUGACUCUAUUGAGCUGUCUGUAAGGUGGAAGUAGUGUAUGUCUUAUGAUGUCUCAUAGCUACAGCAAGCCAGGAGGCUGAUUAAUAUAGUAUUGCAUUUCUAUCUCAAACAUCCCCCUUUAGACACAAAAAGAAUUCUAUAUAUUAUUAUUUACAUAACUGACUCUGCACAACUAUUCUCAUAUAUUAGCGGUUCAUUAUUCUCAUUAGGCCUUGCACAUUUCAGCCAGUCUUUGUAUCACGUCAAUCCCUUUGUAGUAUUUGUUCAUCUGAGUCCUGUUCCUUCUCUGGGGAAUGUCGUCCUGUUGUCACUUGUUGUUGCAGUAUUUGUUGUUCUGUUUCUGGAGUUGAAGGUUGGUCUGUAUGGAUGGUGUGGGUGAUCUGAUUGGCUGCCUGCAGUAUCGGAACAGCUUCCCCAUUGGUGCCUGUGCUUGCAAUGGUGUUGUGGGGCGCUCACUUCUGUCACGUUGGCAGUUGCUCUACACAGAUGCCCAGCUGCCAAUUUGGCCAACUCUUGUUGAACACUGAAAGUUUGGACACUGAAGGUUUGGCAGUUUUGUGAAAAUGAAAUAUGGCUUUUCGCAAUAUCCCUUUGAUUUUGUCACUUCAAUCUUCUUCUGGUUUCAGUAGCUUUUAUUUUUAAAUUGGAAAAGUAGCUUGGGUUCAGCCUGAGUGUUUCUACUAGAUUUCUUUCCAUGCCUUCUAUCGGUAUGCAUUUCCGCUCUGUGCCCAAUGUUUUUAUGAAUCCGAUGGGAAUUCUCACUGCUGCCUCAGCCUUUCCACUUGACCGGGGUUAAUUAUCCAGAUGAUAUAUAGUGUUACAUUUCCUAAUCCUUUAUGAAAUGACAGAAUUCUUGACUCAAACUGAUGGCCAUUGUCGCUCUCCACAAUGUUUGAAAUGGUGGUGAAUGUGCACACGAUGCUCAUUCCUGAUGAAGGGCUCAUACCUAAAACGUCCAUUCUCCUGCUUCUCAGAUGCUGCCUGACCUGCUGUGCUUUUCCAGCACUACACUCUCGACUCUGAUCUCCAACAUCUGCAGUCCUCACUUUUGCAUACAAUGUUUGAAAUGCCCUAACAACCAAGUGUACUAUUAGGCAUUGACAGUCUCAUGGUGCUCAUGGGAGGUAGACUAGCUGACUUCAAAAAGUAGCCAGAAUAAAAGUCUACAGUGACAUGAUAAUAGAUCCUGGGAGACUGAUGACAUCUACUUGCAGCUUCACCUGGGAACUUCUAGGUCAUCAGCUUGCUUAGCUUGGUACUCAUCAGUCAGCACAGUGGCUGAUAUAGUUCUUGAUUUCAUUGCUUCUGUUCAGGCAGCAGAGCCCUUUGCUUAUCUUCCUCAGACUCAAAUUCCUUGGUAGUUUGCAUGGAUUUGCUUUAGCAUCUCUCCUCUCAUCUUCCUUGGCGAUAAUGAUUCUAUUUCCUUUGUAUAAUAGUCUGGAAAUUCAUUUCUCUAUUUCCAGUUCUUGUGACCACAGUGAUGUUCUCGGUAUGUCUGGGCCAUCCUUCCAUCAUUUACAUGUCACAACAUUUGGAGAGUUACAUCUUGUUGGGUAGUUUGCUUGAUUUGAGUGAGGCACCAUUGGAUUCAAUUUCAAAUUCAAUUGAUGACUUCCAGAACAAGUUGAGUUGGAUCUGGAAGAUUUCACAAUCUGUAACAUCCUCUACAUCUUUAUAGGGAUUGCAGCUCAGAAAACAUGUGGGAGAUUUACACUUGUUUCCCUUACUCUGAAUAUGAAGAUAUAAAAGUAAGUCUUUGCAGAUGUUUGCAACAGAUAGUAAUGACUUAAGGAAAGUGCUUUGUGGUCAAACUAGACUGUCACAUUGUCGAUUGAGGGACAUAUUGAUGAAAGUGUGCAUAAGCAACAACAAUAGCCAGGUACGGAUUCUUAAUCGGAGUGUAGUGUCAUUUCAUUUCAGUUCAUUUGUGUUAACAGACUGAAUGCAGUGCAACCAGUUGUUCUUAUUGCGUCGAGGUGUUCCUAUUCCUGUCUUGCUGGCAUCACAUGAUGGGGUAACUUUACCAUUUAUAUCAUUGUAUUUCAGCAUUGGCAUUGCCAUCACUCAUUAUUUGACUCUAGUGAACGCUGCUUCUUAUUCUGUGCCCAACCAGCAUCUAUGAAACUGAGUCAGCGUUCAAACUCCAACAACAAAUGUGUAAUAACUUUGCUAAGUAGUUAACAAAUCCAAAGGGAAAAAAAGUUUACAUCUGUGGAUCGCUUCAUUACUGCUACAACUAUGUGGGAUCCAGGUGAAGGUCUUUGCUGACAGUUCACAACCUUUGUGUUUGAUUUUGGGCUUUUUCGGGGGGCGGGGGGUGCAAUUUUUUUUCUCUAGUUCACCUUCAGAUUCAUCUGGUAGACUCUGUCCAGCAGCCACAGUGGCUUCUUCAAUUAUAUCUUGGCAACCAAUAAACUAGCAGAUCACUGAUGUGAUUUCCACAGUGGGAAUAUUCACAAACAACAAUCGAAUGCCAAGUGGCACACGCAGCCAUCUAUCUCUCCCAAAUAACACCCAGAACAUAGUUAAAAAACUUUAAUGACUACAGCUUUAUUUUCCAGCUCUUAAUUUCUGGCUUUCCAGUUAAUCUUGGAGCUUCUUGGCAGAUGCUGAAUUAGUUUUAUACUGCCAUCAACUCUGUGAUAAUAUUCUUGUAGAAUACAUCUGAAAACUAGAAUCUUCAGUUGAUAACUCUCCUGUGGCCAUCUGUGUCUGCUUAUGUGCUUUCAAUAUGAUUUAGCUUCUUGCAGUGUGAACAUUGCUAUCCCCAUGUUGGAUAUGCCUUUGUGUUACCCUUUUGUCCAUGAAUCCUUUGGCCCACAACAUCUAUCAGCAUAAUGCAAGGCCUGCUUUUGCUAUGAACAUGCUCUAACUGCUGGUUUAUAACCUCAGUGCACCUGCAAGUGUUGAUCCCUUUCCUUCAGGUAAGUUUAUCCUCUCUCAAUAGACAUGCUCUCACCGUAGGCCAAGUAGAAUCUUGUCUUCUAUUAGGUCAUCUUUUAAAUACACAGUCACAGUAUCCUGUAAGCUGCAUUAUUGCAGUUUCUAACAAACAAUAGCUUGUUUUAUAACUUGGGCUCAAAAAUUACAAACAAUAUACAUAGAGUUACAUUCAUUUGGGAACUCAAAGCAUGCCUUAGAGAUCUUCAAAAUUGGUCUUCCACCCCUCCAGUUCUUUGGAGAAAUUUUGGCUGAUCUACACAUUGGGUUGUUCAAGAAAAAAGUUUCACACAGCCCUCAAUGGCAAAUGUGUAGCUACUCGGUGCUGUUCUGGCUUGUUAAUUAGAUCUGUCAAAGUCUAAUCACUUUACCAUUGAGUUGGCAGUUUUUCUACUCCUAGUUUCGUGUCACUUUGACUGGCCCCAGGAAAGGAAAGUCCGUAGUCAUCCGUAGUCCGUAAUUCAGUGACAGCCGUCUGCUUCUUUGUUCCUGUUUAGAGCUUUCAGCAAUUCUGAAACAUUCCUGUGUUCCAAUUUCAGUAGUGGUGCUUCUGUACAGUUCUCCGUCAUAGUCACAGCCCACUUCUGAUAAUAUAUUAUGAGCUCUAAGUGUCUUUAUUGGAGCUAGCUGUCAGAUGGGAGAGUGCCUCGUGGUAGCACUCACAUGAUUACAGCAAGGCCUGUUUUUAUACAGCAUUGCAUUUCCAUACCAAAUGAGAAGUAGGAAUGGGACAGGGGCCUGGGAUUCACACAGGGUGGAGGCGGGGCAGGCAAGAUCUUAGUCGAGGGCUCAAUGAUCUACCUCGGUAUCCCAGCUAACAGGACUGAGGCCUGACAGCUAAGAUGCAGGAGGGGACAAUGAGACAUGUGAUCCAGGAGGGUCCGAGGCCACCUCCCUCCCGUGAUCAGUCACUAUUUCAUAAAGGUUCAGGAUAGGAAUCUGAACUAUUUCCCCUUUACCCAUCAUCAUUAUUGCUGCCUUUCGACUGCAGUCUGUACAGGGGAGAGGGGUGUUAAAAUAUCCAGGUUU